AUGGAUGCAUCGACAGAAAUGUCUCGUGCCUGGGCAAAGUACAUAGAAAUGCAAGCUUGCAUAGCCCCCCAUUGCGUACUUUGCACUCUAGAAUUGAAAGCCGAUGAGCCCAUUCUUUUCACAUCAUCGAAAGAAGAACCGAUUUCUCUCCAACAGGGUACAUAUUAUCCAUGCGUAAUCAACAACUGCCAGCACAUCGAUGGGCUCUCGCUGGCUUGCCACUCAAUCUGUGCAGCAGAGGGUUUGCCAUCUUCAAAAACCUUGGAGGUGACCACUUGGGACCCAGGGUUUGAACUACCACUUGCACAAUCGGCUGAUCUCAAACGCCUUCUAGCAUCUAAAAGGGCCUCAAGGCGCGACCUGGUGCGAUCAACUUUGAAGACAAGAGAGAAGAUAGUCGGGGCUUCAAGCGGCCAAGUGAAAACCUCCUUCCGUGUAUGGGCAACAUAUGUGACAUUACAUGGCGAGACGUAUGUCUCAUCGCUAAGCAAUAAUCAUGGAGAUGACCUUGUUUACGAUCUGGGGUCGAAAUCAACAGAAGAUGUUAUCUAUGUUAGACGAGGCCCUCUGGGCGUGAAGAGGAUUGUGGUCGCCUGCUCAACAGAGACUCUGGAGAUGGAGAAUCAUCCACUGGAUUGGUGGCAAGUCCUGCCGCUGGUUGAAGACUCUAUACUCCAUUUCGAGUUUGAUGGAUUCAAACUACGCGAUGUUCGAGAAGCCGAACGAGGGAUCUGUCGACCGGCGUUAUGGUCUGCCCCAUUCUGUCGACGAGACCUCAUCCGUUUCAUUGUGUCACAUUCAUCGAAGCCAUCUAGAUUUAAUCGCCUCAAGAUCAAUGACCCAGAAACGACAGGAUACUCAGUAGCGUGGAACCCCUUUCACCUGGCGCUGAAGAUUGCGAGGCACACGGCCACGGAUGACUUGUCAUGCUACGCCGAAUUACCUCAAGACAUGACGACAUGGCUAUAUUUCCCUAUGGGCCGAGGCGAGCUCCUCAAGGAGAUUUGGCGUCGAGAGCAUACACACUGUUGCCGAACAGAGAUUGAUUUGGUCCUGGUGACUACAGCUGGUCGCGUGCACGUACUGGGAAAGCACCCGAUACCAGGCCAUACAUAUGUUCAUACACGUAUCACUGCACUUCGAAACGAGCCAGAUUAUCUAUACGUCGAUGACUCUGCUGGGAUACUCGAGCUGGCUCUCAAUCCAGCGCCGCCAGAGAUUGAAGACCCGUUUGGUAGCUUGAGCUUGCCGGUACCGACGUCCCAGUAUCCAAAAGCCGCUUCUGCCGAAAGCUUUUUUUACACGUCUGCAUCUCUCGAUAACCUGGAUUCCUUGGAGCCGUGUAAUAUCAAUGGCGUCACCACCGGCGUGCUUUUACACUAUGGCGACGGAUCACGAGCAGUCGUAGGGCAAGUCAGAUUGGACAGACUGAGCAAUAAGCAACAUGUGCCCCGCGACGCAACGAUCCGAUUUGUCGUCACUCGGAACGUAGCCCAAUGCCCGAAAGUCCGCGGCGUUUUGGUAUUGACGGCGGAUAUGCAUGAGCAGAUUCCUCCCGUGAAUGUCGGAUUGGAGUUGGAGGUUGCUUGUCGGGGGAGGUUGGAAUGGUGGUAUACUUUGAGGCAGUGCCAGCUUGCUUAUGAGGGACGGACCAGUGCGUCAGUAGUAUAG